GGGCCUGUGCCCCAGUUCUGCAUCAUAAAUCAAUCAGUCUUUAAGAAAACAAACGCUGGGUCUGUGGUAACCCCAGGGCCCCUCUUCUGUCCACUGCUGCAGGAGCUCUUUGUGCAGCAUCUGGCCGCCUGCUCCUACAGACACGGCAGUGGGAAGGACAGGAAAGCCCUCACGUACAGCGACUUGGCAGGCACUGCGGAGCGGACCGAAACAUUCCAGUUUCUCGCAGAUAUACUGCCACGGAAGAUUCUGGCCAGCAAAUACCUGAAAAUGCUAAAAGAGAAGAGGGAAGAGGACGAAGGGGAGGACGCCGCCGCCGCCGCCAGUGACGGUGAAGCGGAGCCCUAGGCCAAAGCGCUUCAAGAAUCAGCCUGCGGCGAGGGCCGCGGGAGCACGGCACUGCCUUCCCUGGCACCAGGAGCCUGGGCAGCUGCACCCCAGCCGAGGAGUGGCGCCCACCAGCCUGCAGCCGCAGCCUGAGGCUCUGGAGGCAGAGGGUGGGGUUCACUUUAGUCUCCUGUGGGUGCUGAAAGCUCCCGCUGCAGGUGUGUAAAUGCCUGUGUAUUUGGAAAUUCUGUAAACAGCUUGGUUGAGCCUUAGCUAAACGCGGAGUCUGUGGGUCGCGUGUUACAUUUACAUUUUUGUAUUUCAAAAAACCUUUUUGACUGUCCAGUUCCAUCUUUUAAACUGUAAGCAAGUAAGUUUUUCUCAGGAAGAACUGGACAAGUUUUCACAGUAAAAUUUGGGAGACUGACUCGUCCUGCAGCUGUUCUGGGUCCUGCUCACUCCUGGACCUGAGCGACCGCAGAGGAAGGCUUUCCCGCGCUGUUCUCCCAGAGGUGAAGUCCAAGCCGAACUGUUGGCGCGAAGCCACUUUCCUCUGUGUGAGCAGACUUUUCUGGCGUGUGCGGCGCUCGCUCCCGCUUGCUGCCCUGUCUGCGCGUCCACAGGAAUCGCUUUUACUCUCUACGGAGAGAACGGGCCGCCUGCCCUGACUUUAAGCCAUAAUUUCUUGCCCACAGGGUAAGCUUUUGACACUUUCCACUCCUAAAGGGCAGAAUUCACUUCCUGUACAGUCGCCCUUCAGGGCCAGGCCGGUGGGCGUGCUCCAGCGACGGCGCCCGCAGUCCGCCGCCCGCCACUGCCCGUUGGCGUUAGUCUUGUCCUCAGGCCACCACUGUACUCUGUCCUUCCUGUGUUCUGAGUUUAAAAUAAAAGACUUCAA